CGGAACCGGAACCGGAAAUAGAAGCACUAAAGCCCCCAUGGCUAAAGCUAAAGCUAGUGGCCCCACGGUGAGAGUGACCUUACUGUUUAUUGUUAGUGGCCAGUUUAACAACACACUUACUUGUAUCUUGCCGGUAUUACGAGCUCUUGAUAGUCGGACAGUGAAAGCUGACGGCCGUAGUCCCAACACUGAUAACAUGCUGAUAUACCAGCUAGAGCAGCUAACCGGAUGUUAGCAUGGUGUGCUGCUGUCAUUGAGUAGAAGUCAAACAACAACAACAACCAGCUGAGGACUGCUGAUGGACUGCCUACAGAGGCCAUGCUUUAAUGCUCUCCCGUUGGCAAGCAGCAUCAGCAAUGUCUGUCAACUGCCUCCUGAGAUACACCAUCAGGCUGGACAGGAGACAUGUGGCCACACAUUUAGCCCAGCGGAGAGCUCUGUCAGGGGCCGAUGCUGUCAAUGCACUCAGACCGUUUUAUUUUGCAGUCCACCCUGACUUCUUUGGGCAAUAUCCCAGGGAACGGGAAGUGAAUGAGAAUUCAUUAAAGAGGCUGAAUGGCUACCUGGACAACCUACAGAAGCCCGGCUCACGCUCAGUUCAGCCAAUGAAGCUCACCUUUUAUGUCAGGGACACAAAGGACAACAGCAAUGAUGUGCAGCCAGACCUCCUCGCCUUGGGGUUCCGGUCAGUGAGCUUCACCCUGCACACAAACGAUGUCUUGAGCACAGUGACGAACGUCUUGAAGUCCUGUAGCCUGCCCAUGGAACACAUGAAGGGACCGAAAGCAAGUGCAGGGGCAUCUAAGAGUCCACCUGAGGCGGGGCUGCCUUUCUACAGACCUAUCAGAUGGGACAAGAGCUACUACAGCUUCACUGGAUUCAGAGACCCUGAGGAGGAGCUGCAGCAGGCCAGGAGAGUGGAGCCUAGACUCAUCUUGUGGCUGAGAAACAACGAGACCGAGGCAACGAAGAAGCACAGUGCUAGUCUUCCUCGGAGAGAAGAGCUGGACAGACUGAAGAAGGAACUGUGUCACAAAUUUGAUCUCGCUGAUAUCAGGUGGCAGCGCAGCUGGGGAGUGGCCCACAGGUGCUCUCAGCUUCAGAGUCUGAGCCGACUGUCUCAGCAGAACCCCGAGGCCCUGAUCAACCUGCAAGGACACACCGUUGUGUUUGCCGACCAGUCAGGAAUGAACGCCUCCGGACACAUCAUGCUGGGAACCAUGGACGUUCAUCAUCAGUGGACCAAACUGUUCGAGCAGCUGCCCAGCUAUCGCAGCCUGCAGCAGCAGACAGACUGGCUGAAGGAGAGGAUCAGCCUCCUCCUGGGUGGGACUCAAGUGGUCCACGUGGAGAGGCUGAGACCAGUCCAGCCCAUCGCCGAACACUACAGCACCCUCAGCAUCUUCCACAAGAGCCUGAUGUCCCGACGCCUUCGCCUGCACCCCAGGAGCCUGCAGGGGCUCACCAUGUUGUUGGAGAACGACCGCUCUAACCCCAGUCUUCAUGAGAUGGGGCACUUCAUUAUCCCCACCAACUGUGACCCUCCCAAGCUGCAGGUCUUCCUCCAGAGCCAAGCCCCCGAGGCCAGACAGCGCACCCAACGCAAAGACCAGCUGCAGGCAGAAGAGGAGGCUGUGGUGAAGCUGUGUCUCCAGAGUCUGUCUCUGAGGAGUCUGUCCAAGGAGCCCAGCGUCAGCUCCAGCCAGAUGAUCCUGUGCUGUAAACGGCUGGUGGAGCAGCGCUCCCCCCUCAUGCAGGGCCUCCACGUCUGUGUUUCUCACUUCUACUCGGUCAUGCAAGACGGCGACCUGUGUGUCCCCUGGGACUGGAAGAGCUGAGCUGGAGGGACACGGUCAGGCCAAGUGUUGGAAAGAAGUAUUUUUUUAGCAGUUUAAUGUUGGGACAAUUUGAACAGGGUCCUUUGUCAGAUGUCAGGCGGUCACAACAGAUUUCAAAUCUGUUCACUCUCAAGGGAAACCUUUGGAGAAAAGAAUCAGGUGUAGUGGUUCAUUCAAGCUGACCAAUAAGAAGCACUUUAUCCACUUGCUGGAAAAGCCAAAUAGGAUUUGAUUGACAGUGGAGGACAGUGGGUCCAUCCUGGAGGCGAGGACUCUCCAGUGGUCGCAAAAUGAUUUACAAGAAAAGAAGAAGAAGAGAAACAUUUCUGCAGCAUAAACUUCUGUUUUGUUCUCAGAUUUUUCUUUGCUUUUCUUCUAAAAUACUGGAGAAUUUGACCUCUUCAGGGAUCAAAAUUGAAAGGCUGAGAACCAAAUAGUGUUGGGUUGAACUGUGAUAAGGGAUGUGGGUUGAAAUUGAAAAGUUUGGGAACCACUGGCAGAGGUGCAAUAUGACUGAAGCCUUUUUUUUAAGACCGGGUUUGAGGUCUUGACAUGCAAAGUUUGACAAAGUGAGUAUUUUUUGUUGUUGUGUGGAGUGCACUGAGAAAUAAGUAAUGGUUCUGUUAAAGGCACAAUCUGUGCCCUAAAUGUAAACUAAAAUAGUCACGAAACAACCAAAAUCCAAUACAGAGGGUUAGAACUUGUUAUCACUCUGACAGACUGACACCAUCGUUGUACUCUGGCCAGGCCUUAAAAGCAUUCACUCAAUAUCUCAUAUCUCAUAUCUCAUAUCUCAGUGACAGACACGGUCAUACUACCAGACAGGUAACACAAGAUCAUGUUGUAGUUCCUGCACCUAGAAUGGUUUUGUACAGAGCUGCCACUCAAUGGAAUAUAUACUUCCAUGCUCCUUAAAACAAUCGACUAGCAAAGCUUGUUUUAAAAAAAAAAAAAAGCCUAAAAAACUUUAUUCUUCUACGAUAAGCCAUGUAAUUGUUUUUGUUUGCUUAAGAAUGACCGGUCUACUGCCACCGUCUGCUGUACGGCCACUAUGCCUUUGGGUCUUGUUGUUGUCUGGGUGAGAGAUGUGGGACCAUGGUUGCGUCCAUACUAACAUGCUAUUUAGUACACUAAAACAGUUUGUGAUGUCCAAAACCUUGCCUACUAUUUCAGGUGAAAUACUACAGUAUGCAAUGCCGGACACGACAGCGUCAUAAAUAUCCCACAAUGCAACACGGUAGUGACGACAACGUUCAUAGCGGACGUUGACGGACAGCUCUGCAACAUCACUAACGCUUCAAUUUAACUGUAAGUAUAAGAUUUCACUUUGCUAAAGAGUCUCCUGACCGUAUGCUCGCUAAAGUUACGCCGUGCUCACAGACAAACGGUUUGCUGUUAAUAAUCGGUUAACAAGGAUCAACUAUCGGUUAAAAAAAACAAAUAAUUCAAAAUUAGUAUCCUUAGUUGUGUGAAGAAUGAAAAACUUGUGAGAGAAGUUCAAACCCAACUUACUUUCACACCAGACCAAUCACGCCAUGACAUGUGACCCUGUUACAUGAUCCAACAAGCACUUUGUUUGAAGCACACUGAUGCCCUUAUAUUAUCAAUAUUGCUGCUGUUGUAGUAUCAAAUGCUGAUUUUUCAGCUAGAGGUCAAACUGAAAUUAUAUACACGUGAAUAUAACUAAUUUAUGUGAUCAUAAAACAGAACUGUGGGAAGACUCAUCACUUCACCAGACAAUCCAAGAACAUGAACAAAGACUGUUGUGUUACAGCACCUUUUAGUGUCGUAUGUACGUUAGAGGUGUAUAGAGGAGAAAGGACUAACCAGGACUGUGUGAUCCAGCAUGUGGACUAAGACGUGAUGAUGAGUUGCUUCACUGGAUGAAGCUGUCUUGGAAAUAUUGGACAUUUCAGAUGCUGCUGUAUUGUCUGAGUCCAGAGUUCUCAAAUAAAAAAUGCUCAUUUCA